AUGUUCCGCGACUUCAUCCUGAUUGCCCUGGUUGCCAUGCCGGCGGCGCUAGUCUACGGCGACGUACACCGCCCUUGCUCCGGAGGCCGUUCGCAGCCGACGAGUGUGGACAUUUUGGGAUGUACCAGCACGCCGUGUGAGCUGGUUCGCGGACGGGAUGUGAUUGCCGAUAUCGACUUCACCACCGAUCGGACUGUCCAGUCGAUGACGACGGUUGCCACCGCGACGGCGCUCGGUGUUGUAACGAACUAUCCGUUGGGAGUGAACGCCGUCACCUGUAACUUCCUGCAGGGUACGAGCUGCCCACUGAGCGCCACCGAGGACGUCAGCUACCGCCUGACGAUGCCCAUUCUGGCGAUCUACCCGCUGGUCCGUGUGGACAUCGAGAUCGAUGUGCGCGACGCGAACAACAACUCCGUUGUGUGCUUCCAGGUCGAGGCUCAAGUCGUGGCGAGCAACAAGUAA